ACCAGAACUCUAUUAAGACGUUGAUCCACUGGAUGCAGUUUUCCUGCUGAAACUCAGAGUGCCGCUGUUGGCCAAUGUGGGAGAAGGAGAGAAGGAAGGGAUCCAUUCACUUUUCCUGUGAUCGUGCCACAAUUAUUGAGUUAAGUUCUGCAAAUCUAAUAGAAGACAGAAUCGUAGGACAAGAGGAGAGCAUCCAAUCAAAAAACGUUAUCCCAUUAAAAGAGCAUGAAGGAGUGAUGCUUGUUUCUGAUAACAACUUAUUGCAGCCUGAAAGAAACUUGACAACACAAAUCAGCAAAAAAAGAAUGCAAACAAAGAAGCCGAGGAAAUGAAGACCACACUGAGUUGGAGCAGCCAGCCAUUUGGGCGGCAAGUACAGCUUUCCUUGUUAAUCUCUUUGUUCUGCCUGGCAUUCUCAGAAGAGGUUUCGUAUUCAGUUCCUGAGGAAAGGGAGAAGGGCUUUCUUGUGGGGUCUCUUGCUAAGGAUUUGGGUCUAAACAAGAGAGAUUUAUCAAAGAGGAAGCUCCGACUUGUCUCUGCAGCCAAUGCACAAUUCUUUGCUGUGAAUGGGGAGCGUGGAGAUUUCUUUGUAAGGGACAGAAUAGAUCGAGAAGAGCUGUGUGGGAAAUCUCCACAUUGUGUCCUUAACUUUGAAAUUGUGGUUGAAAACCCUCUGAACAUUUUUCAUAUAACUGUCACCAUAGAAGAUAUUAAUGAUAAUGCACCUAAUUUUUUAAAAGAUUAUAUCAGGCUGGAAAUAAGCGAAUCCAGUCCAAUUGGAGCCAUAUUUCCUCUUGGAGGUGCUGAAGAUCCUGAUGUUGGGGUAAAUUCUCUUCAGAAUUACCAAUUGAGCUCUAAUGAGUACUUUACCUUGGAUGUUAAAGAAAGUCCAGAUGGAAAUAAAUACCCAGUUUUAAUCCAAAGAAAACCACUGGACCGGGAAAGUGAACAUAGCCUCCAUUUAAUCCUUACAGGCCUAGAUGGGGGUGAGCCAUUUAAAACUGGCACAGCUCAAAUAUGGAUUAACAUUACUGAUGCCAAUGACAAUCCACCCAUUUUCACCCAGGAAACCUACAAAUCCAGCCUAAAGGAAACAGUAUCCAAGGGAACUUUGGUGACACAGGUGAAAGCUACUGAUGCAGAUUAUGGUACUAAUGGACAAAUCAGCUACAGUUUUAGCAAUAUCCCUGCUAAAGCCAGUUUGAAAUUUAGCCUGGAUCCAGAAAGUGGAAUUAUUUCCAUUCGGGAGCCUUUGGACUUUGAAGAAUCCACAAGCUAUAUGAUGUUAGUGGAGGCCAGGGAUGGUGGUGGACUAUUAGCACACUGUAAAGUUGAGGUUGAUGUUCUUGAUGAAAAUGACAAUGCUCCAGAGAUUUCACUAACAUCUGUAUUUAGUCCCAUUCCUGAGGACUCCCUCCCAGGAACCGUUAUUGCUUUAAUCAGUGUUGCUGAUAGAGAUGAAGGAGAAAGUGGGAAGACUGUUUGCUAUAUACAAAACAAUUUGCCUUUUAAAAUUCUGUCCUCAUCUAACACUUACUACAAGCUCCUCACAGAUGGUCCCCUGGACAGAGAAAAGCACUCGGAGUAUAAUAUCUCAAUCACAGCCACUGACAAAGGCACCCCUUCUCUUUCCACUCAAAAAACCAUCACAGUGUACAUUUCAGAUGUCAAUGACAAUUCUCCAACUUUUGAAGAAUCAACUUACCAUGUCUUUGUAUCAGAAAACAAUCCAUCAGGAGCUUCCAUUUAUACAAUCAAAGCCUCAGACCCAGAUCUGGACCACAAUGGACAGGUCACAUACUCCAUCCUCAACAGCAACAUUGAUGAGCUACCUCUCUCCUCUUUUGUCUCCAUUAACUCUGAGACUGGGACAAUCUAUGCACAACGUUCCUUUGACUAUGAGCAAUUCAGGGAAUUCCAUAUUCAAGUGAAGGCACAGGAUGGUGGGUCCCCUUCUCUCAGCAGCAGUGUCACGGUGCAGGUGUUCAUUCUGGAUCAGAAUGAUAACAGUCCUCGGAUCCUGUAUCCUUUAUUAGACACUGAUGGCUCAGCCCUAUUUGAGAUGGUGCCUCGGUCUUCUGAGUCAGGCUAUUUAGUGACCAAAGUGGUGGCAGUGGAUGCUGAUUCUGGACACAAUGCCUGGCUCUCCUAUCAGCAGCUUCAGACUGUUGAGCCAACACUUUUCAGCAUUGGGCUUCAUACCGGUGAAAUCAAGAUAGCCCGGGCCUUUACAGAAAAAGAUGCUGUGAAGCAAAAGCUGACCAUUUUAGUGAAGGAUAAUGGAAAUCCAUCUCUUUCAGCUACUGUAACUCUGAAUCUGGUGUUUGCUGAGAACUUCCAAGAGGCACUUCCAGAGAUGAACAAGCUACCCAAUGACUCAGAAUAUCAGUCUGACAUGAAUACAAUUUUGAUAAUAGCCUUAGCUUUGAUCUCGUUUCUCUUCCUUUUGACUGCCAUAGCUGUUUUAAUACUGAAAUGUUGGAGACAGAGAAAUCGAGCAGUGUUGGGUUCCUAUAAUACUGAAUUAUACUCUAGCCUGGGACACAAAUUUUCCUGCAAUUACAGUAAUGGGACAUUGCCACUGCCAUACUCCUAUGAAGUAUGCUUAGCCUCCAAGUCAGUUCCAAAUGUGUUUGCCUUCCCAAAAUCAAACCAGUUGACAGUCACAGAUAAUCCCAUUACUACUGAUGAUUCAGGAAUUGGGAAUGAAUUUCUGGGUGAAAAUCUCAGCAGUGAUGACAACGCUCAGCAAGCACAGCCUAACACAGACUGGCGUUUCUCUCAAGCUCAAAGACCAGGAACUAGUGGGUCUCAGAAUGGGGAGGAAAAUGGAACUUGGCCAAACAACCAGUUUGAUACAGAAAUGCUUCAAGCCAUGAUUCUGGCAUCAGCAAAUGAAGCUGCUGCAGCUGCCGCCGCCAAUCCUGAUGGAAACUCCACCUUAGGAGGAGGAGCUGUGGCCGGGACCAUGGGCCUGAGCACCAGGUAUGGCCCACAGUUCACCCUGCAGCACGUUCCUGACUACCGGCAGAACGUGUACAUCCCUGGAAGCACAGCCACCCUCUCAAAUGCUGCAGGCAAACGUGAUGGGAAACCUGCAGCCUCUGGAGGUGGAAACAAGAAGAAGUCAGGAAAGAAAGAGAAGAAGUAGAGCCCAUAGGACAACACCUCUGCCAUCUGACAUCUUAAAGGGCAGACUCUUCCAGCACUCCCUCCCAAUUCAUACCCUAGGAUCAAGGAUGAAUGUGUAUUUGUGGUUUGACAAAACAAAAAUCAGGCGUGGAAGAUAGCGAAUGUAAAAUGUUGUCAUCUGAGCUAUGAGUAAUUCUCCUACUGUUACUCCUCAUGAUGUAAAAGGAUAUGAAACAAAAGAGAAAGCCCUGUGGAUAAUGAUGAAUAUAGCUAAUGCUCUCUUGAGGGUAAUCUAAUACGCAAAAGUGUUAGAUCUUUGAAGCAUUUUAUUAGCGGUUGUUUUGCUCCAGCGUGAUCUGCACAGCCAAGAAGGUUUAGAGUGGGCUUGCCCACUGUAAAGAAUUCUUCUAAAAUUAGGGGUGGGGUGUAUUUUUAUUCUUAUUUUUCAUGUUCCCGCUUUUCCAAAUUUUGAUGAAAUUUCUUGGGGAGAAAAACAAAGAAUGAAAUCCUUGUUAUGAAAUUGAUAGGGAGUGCUUUUGUUCCUGCUUUGUUUCAGAAGAAACACUUGUUUAUUCUGCAUUAUUACAAGGGAAUGAGAUUCAGCUGCAUUGCAAACAUUUUAUUUUUUGGAUUUUAAUCAAUGACAGCCAGAAAAAUAAAAUUGAAAUCAUGAUGCCAGAGAGUCAGGGCGCACAAACGCAUUGCGAUAGGAACCCUUCCAAGGGCGCAUAUUAGCAAAGUGGAGAACGUUACUCUUAUUGAUUUGCAGUGGCCUCUAAAGAGACAAGACAUCUCAUCUACACUUUGAUCCGUAAAUAUUUAUGUGUACAAUAAUUGUUUUCUGAAAUAAGUUUUAAAAAGUUGAAGUCACUUGCUUGUGAGCAUAGUGCGCUGCUGCUCGUCUAAGCACUGAAAUCUUUCUCUUAGUUCUACAGGCAGAUCUCUUUGUUAGGUGAAUGGGCUCUGGUGGCCUUGUAGGUAGAGAAAUUUUGAAAAUGGAAUGCUUCACAUUUUUCCGCACAUCGAGCUGCAUGCAAAACACUCACUUCAUGCCUACAGUAGGACCGCCAUCUCCACCAAAGCUAGAGUAGAGAAGUCAUUGCAUGCCAUAAACAGCAUGAUGUAAAUAUGCUGUCAAGUGCCCACAUCCUGGUGGAACAUGAGCAUUGUCUGUCUGUAAGUAGAGUUCAGUAACAAGAUGCAUUGGGGAAGAGCAGUAGAAAAGUUGCAUAUUCUUUAUGUCUGUGCAGCACACCGAGAAAUAUCCUUGGUUUGCUGGCCUUCACAAAUUGAUAUUAACUCAAGAACCAUUGAGUUAAGGAAACUAAGGGACCAGACCCAGAAAAGGAACUAAAACUGGAUAUAGACCUUGGGCUGCCAAGCCAGUGACUCUGUCCCUGAGGUAAAGUUCUGAACACAGUAGAAAUGACUAAGCAUUGGUAUACUGAAAGUCCCUGGGACCCCACCAUUACCCCCACCCGGAUAAGAAUCCACGAGUUUGCUUUUUUAAAAAAUUUAAAAACCCUUUACUGUGCUUUGAAAUUACUUCUUUUAGGGGUUUUAACUGCAUUAUUUCAUAGUCUAGUAUUGACAGGAUGUACAGCUUUCUUACUUGGUGCCAUUCUGCAACUUAUGCUCCUGUCCCCUCCAUCAUUUAAACACAGACAGGAAGGGAGUUGCAGUGUUUUCUUGGCACUCCUGGUUGCCUUUCUGUGGGUUACCUCCACUUUCAGCUGACUUCCUGUAUCACAGUAGCUGAACCACAAAGGUGGUAUAUUUUCAACAUAGAGGGUUAACCACUAGCCCAGGAAGGUUAAAUUUUCUUAGACCUUAAUAAGCAGCUUGCCUGAUUUGGUCAAGCCUUAUUUGGCCAAACCAGGUUACAUGUCUGAUGCUUUCCAAAAUGUUGCAGUCACUGGCUGUAUAAUUAUUACUUGCUAGGGCAUUUUGCUAUUUCUAGAAAGCAGGACCUGUCUGCAGGGAAAAAACCACAUCUGUCUACAUAUGAUUUUGUACUGAUCCCAGUUACCCACUCACCACCCCUUGUGUUUGGUGACAGCACUAGAAACAGUUUACAUAGCUAUUUGAAACAGCAUAUGAUCUGCUGGGAAGUUCUCCUGCACCAGCCUUGUUGAGAUUGAACAGAGCCGUGCAAGAGCAAGAUCGUCCUGUUGUACACCCCAUUUAUUUCAGUGGGACUUCCACAGGUGAACUUCUCACUGGAUUGUGCCUAAGGCUUAUUAUGUACUGAAGUAGUUAUUAUGUGACCCUUUCUUAAAGUACUGUAGAUGCAUUUUAGUCAUUCCCUUUUUUCCUUUUAAUCAGCAAGCUGAAAGUAGUGUAGUGGUGCUGCAAACCUAGUGAUGUGUAGGUUUCUUUCUCUUUUAAAAAAUCUUAGUAAUUGAGUUGUGGACAUCAGUAUUUUUUUAUUCCUUUGUAUCUUCUUUCUGUGUGCUCUUUGUGCUUUUAAAUGUAUGUGAAUGGAAACACUUACUUGUCCUUUCAAUGUGUCUAAUAUUGAACUAUACUUAUAUAUUAUAUAUAUGCUUAUAUCCUUCUUAUAUCCAUAUAGACUGACGUUGAUGUGUUACACGCAAGUUUUAUACUCUAAUAUUUAUAUUGCUCUUUUUUUCUUUGGGAAAAAUAAUAAAAAAAAUCUUCUGAUA